UGAUAAAACUUCCUUGUUGUCAACAAAACUCGUCUUUUUUGCAAAUCUGAAUUCUUCUGAUUGACAAUGUUCCAAGUAUCCAGCUUGUCACACUUGGUUAACAGCCUCAUGCAAGUAAAUUUCUGUUUUUUUUUAUUGAGAUGUUGGUUUUUAAAUACUGUUAUUUUAUCUAGCAGUUAACAUCAGUUAUGUUGAAGCAGGUAUUGGGCUCAGCUUUCGUUAAAUGACAUAGAAUUUUGCUUGUGACUGUUGCGUAUAUUUCCUGUUUCCGAGAGCUCUGUUAAUUGUAGAAAGGUGAUUUGAGGUUUGUUUGGAAGGUUUUCUUAAUGGAAAAUGAAAGUUUUGGCACCUCAGUAAUAUUUUAUCAUGACAGUAUCUUGCCUCUAAAAAGUUUACAUUUAGGGUUGAAAUUCAAGGUCAUUAACCAAAUCUGAUUUAACAUAAAGGCACUAGUAUUGGUAAAGAGGCUGGCGAUUUUUGGGAAAGAUACCCACAUUCACUAAUAAUAUAAAAUAUUCUGUAUUUAUCAAGAAUAGAACAAAUUAUUGUCUUGAAGUACUAUACUAUUUAUAGUGUUAAAAUGAUUCUAAAGUUUAAUAAAGUUAUAAUGUGACCUGGCCGCUUUACAUGCUUAAAUUUUACGAACUUAAUUGCUGAGUUUGAAUUCAUAGUUGCUCGUUUAUGUGCAAAAAAUUGGAGGAGUUAGGUUACAUUGACAUGUUUAAAUUUUGCUGAAUUGAGGAUGUCUUAUCGCUUAUUCCUCCGUCAUUUUUAUUCUGACGAAUCUCUUGACAUGAAGUAAUCAUGGUUGAUCGUUUGCUGCUUAGCUGCACCCUCAAUAUUUUCUCUUCAAAUAGUAAACUUGAGCGUGGUAUUGUUGUGAUAUGAUAAUGCUAUUGUUUCAGUAAAACUUCUCCUCCUUGUUUUGCCUAAUAACAUUAUAGGGAGAGUCAGAACCAUUCUUGAGAAUACCUAUGUUGUCAUUGGGUAUCAGAUGUUGGUCACAGUAUCUUAUUUCAUCACACAAGUACCUCAGAGAGUAAUGAACAUAGCAGGAGGAGGUUAUCUCGAAUGCCAAGGCUUUCUUUGAUGCCAGCGUAAUGCCUCCACUACUCCCAGGUGAGUGGCUGGUAGCCAAAGGCCACAAUGUUCUCAAGUAUUCACCAUUCACAGAGAAAAAGCAGGGAAUUUCAGGGAUGCUCUUUGUGACAAACUUUAGGAUAACUUUUUUAACGGGAGACAGAUCAUCAUACGACCAGCCUGGUCAGAUACAGAAAAAUCUACUGGUUUCAGAAGACGACAUUCCUCUUAUCAGCAUUGAUUCAGCUUUUCAAGUUUCAGUUGCCUCCUCAAGUUUAUCCACUACCAGACGGAAGAAACUGGUGCACGGUAUGACCAUAUCUGGACAGACAAAAUACCUCGAGUUGCAUUGUAAGGACUUUAGGCUUCACAGAUUUGGGUUAGUACGUACCCCUGCUGGAGAAGAUAAAAAGAUUCUCAAUGCUAUUACAGCAUUUGGAUUCCCCAACCGGCCCCAGUUACUCUUUGCUAUGGAGUAUGGAAGGAAUUCUAAUUUUAAAAACUCUGAUGGCAGAAAUCACCUGUACAUGGCACCAUCUGACUGGGAGUGGGAGCUAGACAGACUGGGAGGUAUCACAGGCUGGGAAGUCACACAGGUCAACGAACGAUUCAACCUCUGUGACUGUUUACCUGAAAGUUUUACCAUGCCGGCAAAAUUACCUGUGUCUGUCAUGAAGAGUGACACAUUACAUUUUGUGGAUAACAGACCACCAACAUGGUCAUACACGUUUGUGAACGGUGCAUCGCUGGUGAGGAUGUCGUGCUUGAGGAGUGAUACCACAAUGACAGAAGUAGAGUCUAGAGCUGUGGAGGCAGUCCGGCUGACCCAUUCCCGGGGCCGCACACCCACUGUGUUUGAUCUGAGUAAGGAAUGCCCUACCUUGAGAGAUCUGCAGUGGAGUUAUGAGAAGUUAAAAGAACUGGUCGUCAUAGAUUCUGAAAAAGACUUCUGGAGCACAGACCUGACCUGGUUUAGCUCCCUUGAGAACACCAAGUGGUUACAGAGCGUCCAGUCCUGUCUGCUGUUAGCUGUCAGUGCAACAAAAGAAAUGGAGGAAAAUGAGAGAACUGUGAUAUUGAAGGAGGCGGGUGGUCGAGACUUCAGCUGUGUGGUGUCCUCCCUGGUACAGCUGAUGUUAGACCCUAAUUCUCGUACCCUGGAGGGCUUCCAGCUCCUCAUACAAAAGGAGUGGGUGGCGAUGGCUCAUCCCUUCCAGCAGCGCUGUGGGCUCAUAAGAUCAGCUGAUAGCCUGGAGUCUCCAGUGUUCCUCCUUUUCCUGGACUGUGUCUGGCAGAUGCUGCAGCAAUUCCCAUCCUCAUUCGCCUUCACAGAGACAUAUCUGACCACUGUCUGGGACAGCAUCUACAUGGGACUGUUUGAAACCUUCCUCUUUAACAGCCCCCAUCAACAGAAGAGCCUUCUUGUGGGCAUGACCAAGACUACUGUUCCACCCAUAUACCUGCCCUCUGUAUGGAAGUGGGACUUCCAAUUUGGCAAAGAAUACAGGUCUUUCUUCAACAACCCCCUGUACCUGAACAAAGCCGAUGUUUACUCCCAACUGAAACAGUACCAAGCCUCGGUUUGGAAAAGGUGGUGGCAAAGUAAUAGUAAAUGGAGACGGACACUCAAGUGGGGCAAAUCUAAGCCAGAUUUACUCUCGUAAGUUGCACAAACUGUAUGAAAAUGUGCCAAAUUUGCAUUAUAAACAUGUAGUCUUGAAACCUGACUGUUCAACACCUCUGAUUCGCCUGUGGUCACAGUGCUAUCUGCGCUGGCUUGAGCCAGCAG